GUAGCAUCGUACUCUCGGAUUCAAACUUCAAGUUCUCAACAUCUAUCUUCAACCAUAUCACAUGCACCACCAUGGCUUCCAAGAAGGAUACACUCUAUCCAAAAAUCUCUGGUAAGCCCAAAAACUUGCUUUUGGAAUUCUCGAAAUACCAGAGAACCUCGAAGACUGGACGUGUUGGGAGCAUUUCUGUCACUGGAACAGUCAAACUUCAUGGAACUCAUGGAGAUAUUCGCAUUACAGCAGACGACUCUAUUUAUUUACAGACUCGGAACUCAGAUGCUCUCACACCCGCUCUCGACAGUUUGAAAUUUCUUGAUUUCAUGGAGCCGGCUCGAAUGGAAAUCCUUGCACUGAAAAAGCAGUUCUAUUCUCGUUUCACGGAGCUGAACCCUAAAGCCAAAAUUAAUGAAGAAUAUCCUUUCAUCAUUGCUGGCGAGUGGAUCGGCCCAAAGAUCCAGAAAGACGUCGCAGUCAGUGCACUGCCAGACCGAUAUUUCGUCAUCAUUUCUGUUUCCAUCAACAACGAAUGGCAGCCGGAUGAACCAUAUUCAGACAUCGAAAACGAGUCCAUUCACAUUAUAAACAUUUCUCGGGGAGGUUUUUUCCAUGAAACCAUCGAACUGAAAACCCCGGAACCAGCAUUCGCAAAGAUGCAAGCUCUCGCCGAUGCGGUAGAGAAAGAGUGUCCUUUUGCGAAGACUUUCGGUCUCAUUGGUCUUGGUGAAGGCAUUGUCUGGAAACCUUCUGCGCCACUUUGUCAUGAUGCAAAAUAUUGGCUCAAAUUAAAGGGUCCUAUCUCCAUGGGGAUUGUGAAGGCUGGAGAUGCCUCUCGCAUGCCGCAGCGAAGCAGUUUUAUCGCUCCUGUGUUUGCGGCUCCAGCCUUCUCUCCUGCCGCAGCGAAGAGAGCUACACCAAAUCGAAACAUAAGCAACGCGACGUGGCAACAAAAUGUCGUUGGUACAAAUAUAUUUUCGGCGUCACCUGCCUCGUUUGCAGCGAUUAGAGCUUCCAACAAGCCAAUGGGUAACCCACUUUCGUUGGAAGGUUUGAGUUUGAAAGAAUUUCCAUCGCUGCCAGCUUCGCCUUCUGUUACGAAAAGCAAAGCAUUUAAUCAAACAGUAAACACCAUGAUGUCACCCGAAGGUUCUGGCUGGAGAGAAUAUCCAAUGACAUCCACACCUAUACCACUGCGAAUUAACAAGAUUGUGGGCGGAAGUUCUGGAGAUUCUAGAGUUGAUGAAAAUGGUACUUCAUCGCCUUCGUUGCCAAGACAGGUCAGCGACGUGUCAUCAGAAUUUCAAGGCUCUAGGCCAGGGUCACUGAUGACUGGAAAGGCUGGGGAGAAAAGAUCACGAAGUACGGGAACAGUCAGAAAAGAUACGCGUAGGUCAAUAGCUUGGAAGGAUAUUAACUCCAUUUCGCCAGAGAAUGCAAGACUUCUCGAGACUCUCAAAUCGGCACCGGUGACGCCUGAAAUGUUCCAACGGGCUAGAUCAGAGAUUAUGAGCCUCUUCCAGACGAGCAGCCCUAAAAAGUUAUCAACCAUGCUCGAGAAAGAAGUCAAACACACGCCAGAAGUUUCCAAGCCUAUUGAUAGAGUGAUAUCUUCUCCAGUUGCCCUCAGAGAGACCGCCUGCGAAUCGUCAAACGAUGGGGAUCAGGAAGAAGGUGGAUGGCCUAUGCCAUCAAUCAGAAAGAAAGACCACAGGGAAAAGCCCGAGAACUUUGGUCUCAUUCUUUUGACCACAGUCACCAAUGAGGUUAAAGCCAUCGAAUCAGAGCACGCGCAACUGAGUCCUGUGCCAUCGAAGGUUGGAGAUGACAAUGGAGGGUCCUCAAAAACUACCAAACCGGCUUGCGCACCACUUAUUCUCAAGAAGAUCGAGAGACCGGAGGCAAUAGCGGCCAGAAACUUCGCGAACGAAGUAAUUUGGGAGAGAAGACUGGAGCAAGGAUGGCAAUAUCUUCUCGAGAAGGGAGAGCGCGCCGAGAGACAGAAUGCGGAAAAGUUUCUGAAUUGGUUAUGGGAAGACGUGGAGGUAGAGGAGGAAGUAGAGAUCGAGGAGCUUGAACUUAAUAUAGUUCUCUUGAAGAAAGAGAUAUUUAAGAUCGGUAGAGAUUGGUAUUUCGAGCAUUUGGCCUUCGAAGAGCAGAAUGAGAACUGGGGUGUUGGAGCACCGCGUUAAAUAUCAAAAAACUUCAAGUUUUAGCGUAAUACUUAGUGGGAUUUAUUUAUGAGCUUUAUAUAGAAAUUUAUAUUCUUGCA